UCCCUCGGCCAAAAUUGCUAAAUUCUAGUUUUUUACUCAAAAUUUAAAAAUUUGUAAAUACGAUUUCGUUUUAAAUAACCAAAGCGCUUAGCAAUAUGCCGCCCAAAGAACAAAAAUCGAAGGAAAACACCAAGGAUGAUGGAAAAUCCAAUGAAGAAGGUGGAGCCUCAUCGCGUAGUCUUAUAUACAUGUUUGAGUUUGUUAUUGAGGAUUUGCUAAUUACUCGCCAAAAUCUCUGCGCGCCUGAGGAGUAUCCCACCUGCGUGGAAAUCAGCUUCCGCUCCAGCGUUUUUCUAAGCAUCUGUGAUCGUGAGUAUGGUUCGUGUAUUACAUCGCGCACGCCCAAGUGCGGCAAGUGCUGCAUUUUUGCGCUGGAUUCGCCCGUUACCGACAAGGAUCGUCUGCAAAUACAUGUCUAUAAGAAGCGAACAAGUCGCUGCAAGUUUCUAAUUGGCAUGACCGAGGUAGCCAUGAAGCCUCUUUUUGAUCGCGUUAACGAGUCCUUUAAUGCGGAGAAUCCCGGCUGGGAGCGUAUAUGGGAGGAGCAAAUUCUGCUGUUGCCCAAAUUGCGUGGCCCCAACAAAGACGUGCUGGACAGCUGCGCUUGCUAUGAUCCCGGCCACGAGCGACGCGAGCAGCUUUGCCCCACCUCUGAGCUGACCAAGCGUCUGCUGCCUCUGUUUAAUAUGUGCAAGCAGCAGACUGGCAAUAUGGUGAUCAUUAUGCGUCUGCUCUGCAAUGGACCCGCCAUUGUGUCUGCCUUUUCGCUAAAUACCCCCAUCUGCUCGCGUAAUCCCAAGUGCGAGCCCUGUCCGCCGCCAUGCCCGCCUCCGUGCCUGCCUCUGUGCCCGUCGCCGUGCCCGUCGCCGUGCCCGUCGCCAUGUCCACCACCUUGCCAGCCAGCGCCUUGUCCGUCGUGUCCAUCUUGCGGAAAGUCAAAGCCGCCUUGCCCAGAUCCUUGUGAUCCUCCUCUGCAGGCCACAGGUGGCCCUAUGAAUCCGCCCAAAAAAUGCUGCGGAGGGUGUCCACCCCCACUUGGCAAGUGCAUACAGCCGGAUCCUUGCUACCAGCCGGACCUGGAGCCUAGAAAGUGUCUACGUUACUUUGCCUGCAAUCUGGACAAGAUGUGCCCAUGCGAUUACUGCGAGGACGAGUUCGAUCGCGAAUGCCCCACUGUGCCGUCCAAACGCUGCAAGUCAUUUAUUGAAAAGCGUCUUGAGCCUUGUGGUCCUUGUGGCGGUGUGCCCGCUAAUCCACGCUGGAUGCAGAAAGAAAAAGAAGAGGCCAAGGCCGACGAGUCUGCGCAAAAGAAGGCAGAGCGACGCGAGGAAGCCAAGAAGCAGAAGAAGGAGGCAGCGGCUAACAAGAAGCGUCAAGAGGGUGGCUGUAGCAGUGGCUUCUUCUGUGACAACCAGACCACGCCCUCCUAUUAUGAUUGUAUGAAAGCGAGUACGUCUGCCGGUCAAAGUAAAAGCCAUGAUCCCUGUGAUCACUGUUGUCCCGAAUACGCCGACUGUUGUGACGGAGCGCGCAAACGAGCUAUAAGGAAAUUGCGUCAUUUAUUGGUUAAAUACAACAUCCAAAUCGACUAACUUUAAUCUGGAUCCAAA